CGCCUACAUCGAAACAACAUCGGUUCCCGCAACUAAAUCAUGGCUGGCUACUGGUCCGGUGCUGUACUACUCUGUGUGUGUUUUACCUGCUUCCCAAUUACAGCCGAUGCCGAUGUCUUCAGUGUAGCUACCUUCCCAGACGGACGUUACGAGAUAAAGAUCAAUAAUGUCACGUGGUUGAGCAGCGCCCCAACAUUCUUCGUCAUCAACGACACGCGCUUCUCCGCCGAUGAUGGCAGCCUCGUUCUCGACAGUAUCAACACUACCAUAUCCGGUACAGGCCAGUUCGGGGUCGAGGUCUCCAAGAACUUCCAUUACCGAGCUGGUGACGUUCCAGUCAUCACGAGUAUCGUCAUAUACGGGACAUCAAUCAUGUCAUUCAUAGUGCGCUUCCCCGACGGAGCCUCAAACACAAAUCAAAGCAACAUAGACGGUGUUAUCUGUGGUUACCCCGGAUUCAAACUGGACACCACGUCCAAACUGGGAUACAUGUCGUUCGGGGGAGCUGACUUUCAACAGUCCGUCGGAAGAUGGGAUCCGUCCGCAUCCAUCCAUGAUGGUUUGGAAGGUUCCAGCCCCUUCUCAGUGUUUGACACAAGAGGAAAUGCUGUGGCAUUUGGACAACUGAAUAAUGUCAUGACGACACCAAUGUGGCACGACAAAACCAACAACUUCCUGUACUAUGGAAUUAUGGGAGGAAUCGAACAGAUCCCGACAAAUUUCUCCUACCACAUUUUGGCAGCAUAUUCCUCAGGGGGACCUGAAAGUGUAAUUAGAUAUUCUAUUUAG